GUUGAUCAAAAACACUGUUGAAUUUCACUGAACCAUUUGCUCGUAAUGUUUACGUACCAGACAGCUUGAGUUAACAGUUAAUUCGGAUGAUUCUUUUAGCGCUUCUAACUAAGUAGGUAGCUCACUUGUUGUACAAGGUUUCCUGAUAAAGACUCACUCGGAAGAGUUCGCUUGUAAAUGGGUCUCUCGCAUAGUAUCGUUCAUGAACUAUACCACUUCCAAAAUGUUCUCUUGCCAUCUUUUACUGUGGGCUAACCAUCAACAGCGUUUACAUUCGUAUGUUUGCAUUCGUAUGCUUCCAGCGAAGAUAGAUUGCUAAUAGGAUUGAAUCGCUUCGAGCUCCUCGGAAUGUACUCUGCUGAAGUCCGCUGAUCUAUUCUGCGCAUUCUACGCAUACACUUAUAUCUUGCGCACGCGCUGAACACGCCAGAGUGCGAUUUGUGCCAGAAGGAAAAACCAAUCCCAUUUUAUAACUAGGCUUGCCACAGGCAGCCCAGUAAAAAUGAAGACAAACACACCAUCGCGCGAAACACAGUUUGACAUUGCUCUUGGAAAUCAUGGAUUGCGCGCAACCUACAGAUUAGUCACCAAUCUGCUAGCAGAUGACUAACUAAUCUGUAAGUUGCACAGAUUUCCAAAAUUACCUGUAGGCUCCUAGCCAAUAAGAAAGCAGAGAGUGAGUACAAUGUAUAAGUAAACUGGAAGCUAAAACCUUGAAAAAAAGUGCACUUUUGAUCAGGCAAAUAUUCGACCUCAGUCCAGACUGAGUAUUCUCUGUUUUCACUGUCACGCCAUCAAAAAUGAAAAUCGAAGCCAUUCAAUACAAAAAGUUCAGAAUCUAUAAGGAAAUAGAAGAAGAUCAAUAUGCAAAAAGCCUCGCUAAGAAAGUCAGGGCUGUGCGAUAUUUCAUGUGCGAGAUAUUCGGAAAAAUGUUUUACCCAAACUCUUGGAGACGCCAUGCUGGUGUCUCUUUGAAGGGCACAGAUGUGGUGGCCGAAAACCAACAGAAACAUCUGUCUUUGAGUUUUGCUACAAAAGCGUGAAUUUACCGAUUGAGGAUUCUCAAAUGAAACAAGGAAGUGUAACUAAAUAGCAAAGGAAGUUUAAAGGAAGUCUGAAUAGCAAAAUCUGGGGAAAAAAAACCGGUAACAUUUUCAACCUACAUGAGAGCUGUUACUGGCCGCGAUUUAAAUGCCGCUUCAAAAGCUUUGAAAUUCAAACGUCCUCUAAACGCACAGCGAAUAAGCCUUUCGAACCGAUCAUCUGUAUAAAUAAAAGUGUCAGUAACUUCUGUAAUAAGGCCACAUGGAAGUAAACGCUCAGAAUAAUCGAUAUUUUUUUAGUUUGAAUUUUGGCGACAUCAUGUGAAAACCGAGAAGAAUUCUUUCAGUUUGCCAGGUCAAAAGAAGGGUUUUUUUAUACGACGACGGUGCGAAAGAAAUAAUCACCUUCAGUUUGAUGCUCCUUCCUCUCUGCUGAAAUAAGGGCCUGUUUACAUGGAGGUGGGGGGCCCCAGGUAGGUGAGGUCGCCCGUUUAGGUGGGUUACCCGCCUGUCCAUGUAAUCUCUCAUUUUAAGUUGAUCACGUUUACAUGUUAGGUGGGGUGACCCGCCACAUGUUAAUCUCAACUUUCUGGGAUGCCCCACCUCCAUGUAAACAGGCCCUAAGACGUCAUCGCCGAAUGGCUCCUGGCAUCAUCUAUUUUAGCAUUGCGUAUCAAGAAGUGGUCUAUUGUACCGGAUCAAAUUCUUCAAAAUAAUAGGCUUUUGCCCUAGGUGUUGCUGCCGAAACCACACCGAACAGAUUAGCGUAAUGGUUAAAUUUCGACGUGACAACGUCAACGAGUUAGGGGUUGGAGACACAACAAUUUCGUCAAUCACCUGGCUGCGCGUGGGUGCAGAGUGAAACAAACAAGGCGAGCGGAACCCUCCUACACUGCUAAUUUUGACAUUUGACGUUUUGACAAGGGAAACGAUUUUCAGAAGUGGACGGGGAGGUGGGUUAAUUAAGGAAUUUAGAGAGAUGCUCACAGGCUCACCUCGUUCUCUCUUCUUGCUGUUUUUGCUCUCUCGCUUUUUCACCGCUUGCCCGCUUUUUUUGCUCAUCUUUACUGAUCAAUAACCGGGCACAGCGGGCUACUCCUUUUCAAAAAAUGGCGAAUCGAAGUUCUUGGCAUGUGCUCUUAGUCUACAUCGGUUGAUAAGCAAGGUGUUUAAAACGACGACGUCGUCCAAGUAAAUAUACCUUGAUGAUCCACGUAGAAGUAAACCGUGCGGUCAUGGGAACAACAGACAAACAAUUACCUUCGCGUCAUAGGCGUGAGCUAAAAACAGAUUUUAUAUGAUUAUCAUGAGGCAAAGGGAUUCACUCCCUUCUCUCAUUCUCUCUUGUGGAGGAGUAGUAGCUCUUUGAAAAUUUGAGAUUUCAACUUAAACAUAAUCAGCUGGGAUUAACCGGUCUGUCACAGUAGGUCGUGUUAUUGUCGUUUCUUCAAACAAUGAACAAUCCUGGCCUUGGUUGCUCAAACGUUAGAUAGAGCUAUCCACCGGAUAAAUCACUAUCUAACGGAAAGGCAGGGGCACCCAACGGUAAAUUUUGCGAAAAAGACGUAAAAACAACAACAAAGCGUGAAACUGAGCCUUCUGAAGCCAUUUUAAGCAUUUUGGGAGAUUGCUGGGAAACAUUUAUCUGUUCUUCACUCCCAGCAAGACUGAUGGAUGAGUUCCCACCUGACUUACUAGAAAGUUUCCCAGCAGACGUAUGUCCAGACAUCACUGGCCAGUUUGGGUGUGGUCAAGAGCCAUAAUGGCUCUUGGUGUGGUCAUAGGGCAAAAUUCAGCCCUUCAGGGGGAGGGAGGGGUCGGUAGGAAAUUGGUGUGGUCUUAGGGUGAAAUUAACCCAAUAAGUGGGGGAGGGGGGAGGAGUGGGAGAGGUUCCUGACAAAUAGGGAAUCCCGUGGAUAGCGUUAUCCGCCUAUUGAACAACUGGGGUCUGGUCUUUUGUAAUCAGCCGGGAUACUGAUCCUUAGAGAAUGCUAUUAGAUGCUUCCAUUUUAUAAGUCAUUGACACUAUCCUUUGUGUUAGAUAAACGAGAUAACAGCCUACAUUGAUGCUUCACAAGUGUACGGCUCAGAUGAAGCUUUGGCACAGAGGCUUCGAGAUAAAACAACAAAGCUGGGAUUGUUGGAUGUGAGACCUUACAUAAACUCCGAUGGCGAACCGAUUCUUCCGGAAGCUAAUGAGGAAGCUUUCUGCAGAUCAACAGAUACUGAAGCAAGUCCUUGUUUUCUUGCUGGCGAUAUUCGAGUGAACGAAAAUCACGGUAAUUGAUUGGUUUAUUCAUUUAUCUAAUUUUUAUUUAUAUUUAAUUAUUCAAGUUCAAACGAAGAGAACAUUAGAGCCAUAAAAACAAACAUAAAGCUUAAACCUUGAAGUUAGUCAGGAUAGGAACAAAGAAAAUAUAUCUUACAACUGAUAUAGGACUAACUGAUCGUAUUUGGGGAGAAAAUGAGCCAAGUCUUACUUGCGCUUUUGAAGGCCAAGAGUAAAAAGGCGCUGUCAUAGGGAUGUUAGUCAUGCCGUGUUGGUAAUUACUAGUUUUUAAAUGUUUUCUUGUUAAAUAGGUUAUAAUCAAUAAGUUUCCAUUUAAUUUAUUUCCACUGUUUUCAGUGUUAAACCAGUUAAAGGCCCAUUGCCAAAGUUAAUGCAACGCGAUCGUUAGUUUUUGUUUUGAAAUCGCACCUUUAUAAAUGGUGCGCUCUGAUUGGUCAACUCUUUGCUAGGCAAUAGUCUGAGCUAGUCAGCUCUGGUCGCGUCGGCGUUGUGUGUUUCCUCAUCUGCCAAAUGGUUACACAGUUCGCCUGCAAGUCAGUAAAUGAUUUCUCAUGGACGUGGAUGAGUCCAUUGAUAUUUCUCAACCUGAAAGAAACGCGUAGUCGGCUCCAUUAGAUGCCGAGGGAAAGUGACAAAAUAUACACGUCCAUUCAAGUUUAUGAUUGUCAGAAAUUGUAAGCCGUUGUGAAGAUGCAAGGAACCGUUUUUAUUUUUCAGAUCUCUGCCAUUGGCAAUAGCUUUUAAUAGGUAUUUUGAACAGGCAAAGUUUACUGAUCGUAUUCUCGUGCACGGCUACCAAAAGCGGUUGAAAGUUCAAAACAUAAUAACUUGUUGGAGUCUUGUUCGGGAAAUUUGUUGAAUAUGCCUUAGUCGUGGAUAAAACUUGUAACGAUAUAAAUCGAAUGUUAUGAAAGUAUAGAGGGCUAUUAAGCAGAAGAUGUAACGUGAAAAUUCAUGAGGUGAUGGUAAACAACGCUUACAAGAUUUACUUAUUUUUUGACAGGUCCGACGCAAACGGCUCGGGUGAAAGUGGUUUGGAACAGUAGCGCGGCUGACAAUAGUUUUGAAGGGAUAGCUCGAGCGGUUCGAAUAGAUGACAAUUUUCUUCGAACGGAUAACAAUUUUGUGCGAACGGACAGCCUGAGUAGUUGAAGGAAUGACAUUUCUUUUUCGAACGGAUAGCUAGAGCCGUUCGAAUGGAUGACAAUUUUUUCGCGAACGGAUACCAAAUCAGUUGGAAAAGCCUUUCACAACUACUGUAUCAGUAAUUUCGUGUAACACGAAACUCGCGGGAUUUGUUCACUUUUAUAUGUUUAUCCGAAAUUCAAGACACGAUUCAUUCACAUAUUAAAUUCAGCAAGAAUAAUUUUUGUAAAAAGUGAUGUUCCUUUUGGAUCCACGGAUAUUCAAAAUUAAUCAAAAGAUCUUUGUUUUAAAAGCAAAUUUGAGCAAUUAAGACAAAGUUUUAUGGCAAACGCCAUUUUUUAAAGCUAUCAGCUGCAAAUUUUUUGACUACAGUAUGUAGUAUUGUACCUAUGGGAUAAUUAUCUUCCGAAGUAAUUAUUUUGAGCUUAGAAGUCAAAAAAGUCGUGCCUCAAACUCAUUUUUACUCAAUAACUUAAUAUAUUGCAUAAAAGAGGAUGUUCCACUUUCUUUCCAUUUUUUACAGCUUUGAUGGCCAUGCAUACAAUUUGGGUACGUGAGCACAAUCGUAUAGCAAAUUUUCUGCACUUGUUAAAUCCUCAUUGGGGUGACGAAAGGCUAUAUCAAGAGGCGCGUAAGAUUGUUGGAGCUGAGAUUCAACACAUCACCUAUAAUGAGUGGCUUGCAGUUAUUUUCGCAAGUGAAGACCUGGUAAGAACUUGGAUGCGUAAGAGAUAAUUGCUAAUUUAUGAAAGCAUGUAUUCGCGAUAGCUUACAUUUUAGGGGAGGGAGGGGGGCAAAGAAAUAAUAAAACAGUAAUAUUAAGAUAAAUAAGCAAAAAUAUAAUCUAAAUUGGUUCGACAACGGUAGCUUAUUGUCGCAAGUCACUAAGGAGACGACUUUGUCGGAGGAAACGAAGACAAGCAUUCCGAACAAGGAGAAAAACCUCCGGCCAUAACAAAUUUGGACCGUGUGAGGGAAUCCGGUUUGCGGAAUCCGAGAAAUUUUUGCUUAUACAUGUAGAAGCCGGAAUACAACAAGACUGAAAUCCAGUACUUGGAAUCCAUAUUCCAAUACUGUCUUGGCCCUCACAAGACUCAAACAAACAUUUUACAAUAACUGACUUCCACUUUUUUUAGUUUGCUUUUUUUUAUUGUUUAGUUUUAAUUAGUUUCAUGCACGAAUCCCUUCUUACUACGAAAAACAGAAAAAAGAACUUGACAAAAAAGCACUUUAUUUCCAAAUGUGAGCAGAAACGAUUUGCCAGAUAUCGUAUUGUUCGGUGUCAAAAUCCGAUUGAGGUAAAUAUACAUAAUGACCUUUCAAGGUAGGAAAAUUUGUGCAAGACAACAAUUCCGAAAGUCAAGUUUAUUCAAGUUAAUUUCCGAAAGUUUUCUGGAAAAUCUGUGUUUGUUUAAGAAAAGUUGCCCGUGCUUUUUAGUCAGUUGAGCUGCAUAGUUAUAUCAUGAUAUUCAGCAUAAUUAUAUCAUUCGCAAGUCUCAACACGUGACAUCCUCAAACGCAUUCCUCCUUGCUCUUUCCCACCUCAUACAAUCAAGCCGUCUCACAGGAUCCCAUCGGCUGAACAGACCCUAGGCAAAUUGAGUUGAACAUAGUAUCUUGAACAUAUCGUUGAACAUAUCUUUCCGCUGCCCAGUGACCGAGCCGAAGCACGGCCGAUUUCUAUAGUGGCGGGUUUUAGGAUUUAGUUUCGUAUCCUCUUUUAGUUCACUUAGGAGACUUCGCCAGAUUUCAAGUUUUUUUUACCAUGCUGGCGACUUAAAUGGAACUCGAACCCAGGCUACUUUGGUUGGAGGUAACAGAGAAUUAUUGCGCUAUUCCCGGGCUGCACCUCCAAUCAUCGUCAGCUUAAUUCACAUGCACACUCACUUCAAGUCAGUGUUCAAGUAAUAAGAAGGUUCUGUUAUCCAAUUAAUUAUAAAGUUUAAUCGUCUUUCUUGAAUGUUUUAAGCUUAUUGAGGUUAAAGAGGGGCAUAGUCAAGUAUUCUAAGUUAGACAUGACUCUGGUGGAGUAAACCUUUUCUGCUCUUAAAGGGACACAGUCAGCAAUGGGACCGCGCUGACCUUGACACUACUUUUGCCAGUUUGAAAAGCGUUUACCUCAACCCGAAAUCAAAUGUACCCGUCGGAUACAUCUAGAAAUCCGCUUCAAUCUUGCUUAGAGUUUUAUUCGAUCCUCGAUCUUUUACAAAAAACCUCGUUUUGAGCAAACUUUUACUCAUCCUAUGACAUUAUUUUAUCAUAUUUGGUUAAAAACAGUAUCCAAAGGAACAUGAACAGAAGAGGUGGGAAACGCGUAGGUGCCGGGUGGGAGAAAUCGCCUUCGUUUCCCAAAAUAACAAAAGAAAUGAAUCAAUAACAUUGGAGAGCAAAUAACCGUUAUAUAUAAUUGAAAACUCGAUGGAAAAGGUUACAGGUGUUAGGAAAAUCAAGCUUUCUCGACCUUGAACCUUCGACAAUAAUCCAUGCUGACUCCGUCAGUGCUCCGUGUCAUUUCUCACCUCUACUGAUGAUCGAAUUCAGAAGUAUUCGUCCAAGUUUGGCUUUCCCUGGACAAAUCCAUCGGCAAAUUCACAAUAAUAUAUAUAUAAAUGAGUGCUCUGAUCUGGCAUAGGGUCUAUAAUUACGAUUUGGGCUUGUAACAAGUUCAACGCUACAAGUUUUGUGUAGAGUAUUCCGGAUGCGCUUCUCACUUUCUGUUUCACGCGUGUGUCUUGUGAUAUGCAAAUCAGCUAAGAAAUGUCUUAAAAUGCGCAUGUGCAUCAGCUACCUGUGUCCCUUAAAACCUUACCUGUAGCCGUUAAUGAAAAACAACCGAAACUGACCUUCCAUAUAAUUCCUGUCCAUAAUUCUUUUUCAGAGAGAGAAACUAGGGCUUUUAUUGGAGCCUAAAGGGAAAUUCUUCAAAGGAUACAAUGUGUCAGUUGAUGCACAGUGUACCAACGCCUUCUCCACAGCUGCUCUUAGAAUGGGCCAUUCUUUGAUCCGCGAUACUUUCUUUCUUUUGGACACCAACUUUGGCAUUGCAGGAUUUGAUAAACCUAAUAGAUUGGAAACCAGAGACUUCUUUAACCCAGAUCGAUUUUACCAGGCGGGAGACAACGCAUACGGGGGAAUUUUGCUGGGGCUAAUAAGAUUUUUUGCUCAAAAUGUUGAUCGGUAAGCUGAAGGCAAUUAAUCGUAAUAAUUUAUGAAAAUAAACUAGCACUGAUCAGGGAUUGUUGGGUGCGUUCGCAUGUUCGCCACAGCGGAAUUUAUCAACGUUUUAAGAGGACGUUGUAAGUAUUAAACGAUGAAGUAAACACAAGACACCAUUAUGAAAUUUGAAAUUUCUCUACCAGGGGCACGAAAUGCCUUGUAAUCGAGGCUAUCACUAGCUCUGUAUGACAUAUUUUUUCUUCUGGCAGAACAAUUAACUAUACUAUGAUUUCCCAAAAUAUGCAAUUCGCCAAUGUUGGAUUAUAUGUUAGAAAUCCAGUACCUAGUAUAGUUUCUUUUUGCUGAAUGCUUCUCGCACGAUCAGUUAGGUUGCGUGUUCUUGUGGCGUCAAAAGUAUAUAUGACAUGGCAUAUUAUUUUUCGUUAUAAAAUUUCUUAUACUAGACCACUAGCUGUAAUAGGUGUUUCUUCUUCGGGCCUCAGUCAUUUUUUUCUGUACCCUUAACAUGGACAUUUUUUGACACAUUCAAAGAAUCGUUGUUGUUGCUGUUGUUUGUUUUGUUUGUUUGUUUGUUUGUUUGUUUCAUACUUUCACGUUCAUCAUGAUAAAUAUCGUAACUAAAGGUAUAAUAUCAUCAUUCAUGUUCUUAAGGGUUAUACUUAGCCGUAAUAAGUAAGGAAAUUAAGAAGCUUGUUGGAAAGAGAGAAGCUUUUCACAUCGUUUGACUGGCAUAUCAGGAAUGUACAAACGCGGCUGUAUCAUCACCCUGAUAAAACAUGCAGAUAUAUAACCUUGAUCAUACAUACGCCUGUUUUCAACAAGGUGUUCAUAUAGAGAGAUAUAUAGAUAGAUAGAUGCGUUUGCGUUUUUGCACGUGCCCCGUUUGUUCCAAUUUGUCAAAAGAAGAACGCAAGAAUAUUGUCUGCAAUUCCCUUGAUUAGCAAACUCUGAAAAUUAAAGAAUGCGGAAUUCGGUCAGCAGUAGGUCAUAUAAUUGUUGUCGUUGCAGGAUUUGAGGAAAAACUUCAAAGAUUUCAAUUAAUUGUUUUUACAACAACGCGGAUGAAAUAGGACAGAAAAUAAUCAACUGCCAAAAUAUUGUUGCUCCUUUCCACAUAUCAAAUAUCGCGGACAUCAUCCACCGUUACAUCUUCCUUCUUAGAAAAAAAUCAGCGGUUUCGAAAUCACUUUUUUUUUUCAUUUCAUCUGCGUUGUGGUAAAAAUUGAUAUCUUUGAGGUUUUUCCCCUUAUCCUGUAACGACAACAAUUAUAUGACCUACAACUGACGGAAUUCCGCAUUCUUUAGUAUUCAAGAGUAUGCAAAUCAAAAGAAUUGCGGACAAUAUUCGUGCAUUCUUUUUUUCUUUUUUUUACAAAUUGGAACAAAGAAUCUGACGAAGAGAAAAUUUAUCAUUGAACCAGGUCAAUUUCACAAUAGACGAUAACAAGUGAAAAUGCACACGGGCGCACGUGCAAGAAGAUAAAAGUAUCAAGCUAUCUAUAUAUAUAUCUCUAUUCGCCACUUUGAGGUUGGCUGGGAGACCGGGUCGAGAUGGUUGUCAAAGUGCAUUGUGGGAUUGCUUUGGGGGACGAAUUUGCCACCAUGUUGAAAAUUCGUCCCCCAAAGCAGUCCCACAAUGCACUUUGAAACCAUUUCGACUCAGUCUCCAGCGCAACCUCAAAGUAGCCAAUAUGAAAACCUUUUUGAAAAUGGGUAUACAUACAUUUAAAAAAAAUCGUGUGUUUAUCCAUUUUUGUGGGUCUUAAUAAAGACGUAUCGCGUUACAUGAUUCAUUUUAUUUUAUUUUUUUGUUUAUUUCUUCUCCUUUUAGACGUUUCGUUCGCGCAGUAAGAGAACGCCUGAUAAUUGAAGGAGAACCUCCUAAUGGUAUUGUUGGCGAUCUAACCGCAAUCAACAUGAUACGCGGAAGAGAUCAUGGCUUACCAGGUUACGUCAAGUUCCGAGAAGCUUGCGGGGGAAAACCAGCCGUUCGGUUUGAUGAUAUCUGUGAUACUAUCCCUAGGGCUCAAGUAAAGAGGCUUAAAUCUGCUGGCAUUUACAAAAGGGUGCAAGACAUUGAUCUUUUUGCUGGCGGCAUGAGCGAGAAAGCCCAACGAGGAAGUGCGCUUGGUUUCACCUUUACAUGCCUUGUAGGUCGGCAAUUCAAAGAUUUCCGUCAUGGCGAUCGCUUUUGGUAUGAGAGAGAUGAUCACAAGACCGGGUUUACCAUCGAACAACUUGACCAAAUACGACACUCGAGUCUUGCCAAAGUUAUCUGUGAUAAUACCGAUGAUGUGCGUCGCAUUCAUGAGAAGGUUUUUGUACAUAGAAACACACGCGGCGCCAAUAAUCCUGUAGUCGACUGCGAUGAUCUGCCGUUUAUGGACUUGACUGUCUUUAAAGAAGGUGAGCACUACUAA